AUGUAUGUUUUGGGAAAUUUUUUCUUUUCCAAUGCAAAGAACUACAUUGAUGCGGCUUGGUUAGCUGCUUUUGAGGAUCUAAAUGCAGUUGAUAUGUAUGACUGGGGUGGUCCUGCUUUUGCAAAAUUGUAUGUGGCACUCAACGCAUCUGGUAGGGGACAGAAGUCAUUAUCUGGGCCGUUCCAAAUAUUAGAGUUUUGGGGAUAUGAAUAUCUGGGCAUAUGUAGACCGUGCGACCCAACUAGUGAAGAAAAAUGGCCAAGAACUUCCCGGUGGAAAGCGAAGAAAAAGACUAUCGAUAUUGUUCACUGUAGGAAUGCGCUUAAUCAGUUGACUGCAGACAUCGUGACAUGGAGACCGUGGGAAUCCGCCAUUGGUGUUCUUGACUCUGAUGUUGGUCGCAGGGCUGUGGAGCUUUCAAACAAAAGGGUUAUAUUUACUUGGAUUGGCAAGAAUAUGUGGUACCUAGGAGAACGAUCUUGGAGGCAAAAUCAUCCUUUUGGAAUUCCUAGAAAUCCACCAUUUAAAAUUGGCGAGGUCAGUCAUGAGAAAGCAAAACUUGUGAAAGAAGCUGGAUGGGUAGAUGCAAAUAUGUUUGUGAAAGCUGUUUCAUAUAAUAUGUAUCUGCGAUAUUGGCGACAUGUAACUAACUUCCAUCAAUUCGUGACCAAAGUCGAUUGGGUAGUUGAAUUACACGGGGUUGAUGGUGACCGUGUUAAACACCUUAUUCAACGACCUGCUCAGCAUGUACCUAUUCCACCACCACAACAAUUAUCAUACCCUGAAGCUUAUAAUCUAGUUCAAGAACAUGCCGAUUUUAAUCGUGCGUUUCGCGAGUUUGUAUUAUAUGAAACGGAAGACAGGAUGAUACGUUUAAAGGCAAAAGAUGAAGUAAUACGAGGCCUUGCAGCUCGUAACAAUUACCUGGAGGAUCAGAUGCAAUUCCGUAUGCAACAAACGCCGCGUCCCCCUAUUGGAUUCGGCAGUUUUUCUGAAACUAUCCCACCAGCGGUGUGGGCUCCAGUGAGUCAAGCAUCAACAAUGUCGUCUGUUAACCCCCAUCCGAGAAUGACGUUUAUCCCACCACGGCAAACACCAUCGCAUACUCCUACUGAUGAAUAAGUAACUUUUUAGCCUCCACUUUGGAUAUGUACUUUUUAGCCUCCACUUUGGAUAUGUACUUUUUAGCCUCCACUUUGGAUACUCCUACAAAGUGCGUAUGUUAUCUCUAUAUAGGGUUACUUUUUA